AAAAUAUUACCCAAACGCCAACUCAAGUGAAAAGGAAACCCUAGAUUUUGAUUUAUAGUAGCAAAAUUCACAAAGAGCCACACGAGGGAGGGUCAAGGGCUGCACAAGUUACAUCGACUCCGACAUCGGAGUUUGCAGCCCUCUCCGCCCCCAAAAAUAUCUCACUCUUCUUUAUCCAACCAAUUAUUUCACAUCAUCAUCUAAUCCCCACCCCCAAAUUACCAUAAAAAUCAAACCUUUAUGGAUUCUUGGAAAAAACUGUGACCCCAUUUUAUUGUUUUUCCAUUUCUGUAUUUUCUUGGAUUUUUAGGUUUUAUUUAGGGUAUUAUUGAGACCCCCACUAGGAAAAAAGGAGGAGGAGAAAGGGAGAUGGCUCAAAAUGGGCAGGGGAUAGAACCUGCGGUUCUUGAUGACAUAAUUAACAGGCUAUUGGAGUUUAGGAAUGUAAGAACUGUUAGACAGGUUCAGCUUUCAGAGGCUGAGAUUCGUUCUCUCUGUACUGCUGCAAGAGCAAUCUUUCUUCAGCAGCCCAAUCUCUUGGAGCUUGAAGCCCCUAUCAAGAUCUGUGGUGAUAUUCAUGGACAGUAUGGUGAUCUUCUGAGGCUUUUUGAAUAUGGUGGAUUCCCACCCCAGUCUAAUUACUUGUUUUUAGGGGACUAUGUGGAUCGUGGCAAACAGAGUUUGGAGACUAUAUGCCUUCUACUUGCUUACAAAAUUAAAUACCCAGAGAACUUCUUUCUGUUAAGAGGGAAUCAUGAGUGUGCUUCUAUUAACCGGAUAUACGGAUUUUAUGAUGAAUGUAAGCGCCGAUUCAAUGUGAGGCUGUGGAAAGUCUUCACUGAUUGUUUCAACUGUCUUCCCGUGGCAGCUCUCAUAGAUGAUAAAAUACUUUGCAUGCAUGGUGGCCUUUCUCCUGAUCUAACAGACAUGGAUCUGAUACGAAAUUUACCGCGUCCAACAGAUGUUCCCGAUUCUGGUUUGCUUUGUGAUUUACUUUGGUCAGAUCCUAGUAGAGAAGUUAAAGGUUGGGGAAUGAAUGACAGGGGCGUCUCAUAUACCUUUGGUCCUGAUAAAGUGGCAGAGUUCUUGAUGCAACAAGAUAUGGACCUUGUUUGUCGUGCCCAUCAGGUUGUGGAGGACGGUUAUGAAUUUUUUGCUGAAAGGCAGCUAGUUACAGUAUUUUCUGCACCAAACUACUGUGGCGAAUUUGAUAAUGCUGGUGCAAUGAUGAGUGUGGAUGAAAAUCUGAUGUGCUCUUUCCAGAUUUUGAAGCCAGCAGAUAGAAAACCUCGGUUCUUGUGAAGCAAAAGGUCAUAGCUUAUGUAUGUGCUCUCCCAGUGGCACCUAAGAAAUUUCUUAUGUGCUGGGAAAGAGCGGUUGAAGAUGCUGGCUUCUGCAAUGUUUGUCAUACAAGCAUGGUUUCGAAUGGGAAAGCAGGUGGUUCAGUUCAGGACCAUGAAAAUUGACUUUAACUGUAGUUUGAAUGGAGGCCUCAAAGCCAAAAUACUUUUCCUCUGUUUUUCUUGGUGGGUCGUUUAUCUUUUUUAUAUUUGCUCGUGCAAUCUAUGAUUUGACGUGUAAAUACAUUCUGUUUGUAAUCUCAGUUGCAAUCUU